GUGGCCUGUUGCCUGGGGUUGGCCUUCCCAGGCACCUUGUUUGGAUCUCUCUUGAAGGUUGCAUCCAUUUCACUCUCGUUUGCUCAAGCAUAUCCUCUUUGUCUUGUUCUGUCGCUCGUUACAACUUUAGAUUUUCUUUCUUUCUCACUUCUUUACCCCUGAUAUUCGCCCAUGAUUAAGACAGAGGAAGAAUCGUCUUCUGGUCCAUACCAUCAGAUGGAAGAUGAGCACAAUUUGUCGGAACAAGCUGUGGGCAAAGAUGCACCUCCAGUCGCAGCGGAGGACGAUUCUCCGGCCGACCAUCAGAGCAAGCAAAGGAUCGCAAUCGUGAUGGCGGCACUCAGUUUAUGCGUCUUCCUGGCGGCGCUGGAUAUUACUAUCGUUUCGACGGCCCUUCCUGAAAUGGUGGCCCAUUUCAAAGCCUCCGACAGCGCAUACUCUUGGAUCGCAUCGUCUUAUCUCCUUGCUAACGCCUCGUGUGUGCCCCUAUGGGGUCGGAUCAGCGACAUCUGGGGUCGAAAACCCAUUCUGAUGAUCUCAGUGGUGCUCUUCCUCGGGGGGAGUCUGAUUUGCGGCGUGGCCAUCAACGUCGCCAUGGUCAUCGCGGGUCGAGCCAUACAAGGCGUUGGGAGCGGAGGUAUCACCGUGAUGGCUAAUAUCUGCGUGUCUGAUCUGUUCAAUGUGCGCCGCCGGUCUGCGUACUUAGGAAUCUUCGGUGCGACCUGGGCCAUCGCUGGUGCCAUUGGACCCAUCAUUGGCGGCGCUUUUACCACAUAUUCGACCUGGCGCUGGUGCUUCUACAUCAACUUACCAAUCGGUGGCCUUUCCUUCUUUGGCCUCCUCUUUUUUCUUCAACUCGACACCGCCCCGCUCACUCCACUCACCACCGGGCUCCUCGCCAUUGACUGGAUCGGUCUCUUCCUGAUCGUUGGUGCCACCCUCAUGGUCCUCUUCGGUCUCGAGUUUGGAGGCUCGCAGUACCCCUGGUCGUCCCCCACCAUCAUCUGCCUCCUUAUUUUCGGACUGGUGACCGCCGGGCUCUUCCUGCUUAAUGAAUGGAAAUACGCCCGCACGCCCAUCAUUCCGAUCACCAUCUUCUCCGACCUUUACAACCUGACCAUCCUCCUCAUCAACUUCUGCCACGCCACUGUGUUCAUUGGCGGGUGCUUCUACCUUCCUGUGUACUUUCAAAAUGUCCUCCUGGCCAGCUCCCUCAUGAGCGGGGUGUAUCUGCUCCCGCUGGUGGUCGCCCUGUCUAUCUCGUCCGGGUUUGGGGGGUUCUACAUGCGGAGUACCGGCCGUUCCCGCGAAGCGAUCUGCCUAGGAAUGCUGUUCACCACCCUUGGCUAUGGGCUCUACAUCGAUCUCCAGUCGUACGCGUCCUGGCCGCGGAUCAUCCUGUUCCAGGUGGUGGCGGGACUGGGCAUCGGGCCGAAUUUCCAGGCGACGUUGAUUGCUUUACAGGCCAACACCAAGCCAGAGGAAUUGGGGCGCGGAACGGCGACGUUCUCGUUUGUGCGGCAGCUGGCUGCGGCGGUGUCGGUCGUUGUUGGGUCGGUGGUGUAUGGCCAUGUGGUGAGUACGAAGCAAGGGACGAUGGCCGCUGUGCUAGGAGAUACCUUGGCCGGGGAGAUUGUGGAGGCCUCUACGGCGGCCGGGGCGUUUGUGAAGAUGUUGCCGAGGGGAGAGGAGAGGGAGGUGGUGUUACACAGCUUGACGGAGGCGUUGAGCUGGGUAUGGGUGCUGUAUACCGCGGUGGCUGGAUUCGGGUUCCUGAUUAGUUUGUCGUUGAAGGAUUUGAGGUUGGGAGAUGCGACCCCAAUCAAGGACGUGGAGGAUAGCUCGGUGGAGGACGGCCACGCAGUUGAGAUGGCCAAGUGUCGGGGAUGAUCCGUAGUGAUUAGAUCCGAUCCAAAACCAGAAAACCAUG